GCCAUCCUCUCCUCCACCCACAUCCAUCUGGGUGAGCAGACGCACAGCACAGCUCCUCUCCCUCGCUCUAGGCUCCGACGACAAGCGCACGUGCGGAAAGGCGGCCUUGACGCUGGUCAAGUGUCCCACGGCCGCGCAUGUCCGACCGGGUGUGGGCAAGGCAAGAGGGGCAAAGGAGGAUGCGGAUACGGAUGGACAGGCUGCCAAGCCUACGCGAUCGGUCGUCUGGCAUGUCUGCGAGCAGGUGCUCGACAGAAACGUCGUGCUGGGCAAGGCGGUGCAGCAAGGUCUGGGCGCGCGCGAUUGGGAGCUCGUCAGGUGAGCGGAAGGGAGAUCAUGUUUGCAAAGGGAAGGUGGUGCUAUGAGAUGCAAAGGGAAGCUCACACGCGCGCGAGCGCGUCGCACACGUGAUGCUCCCUCGCAGCUUCUCCUCAGCUUCUCCUGGCUUUUCUUCUCGACCUUCUACGCCUAGCGCAGAGCUGGAUGAGCCAGACUUGGUGUUGGAGAGUGACGAGGAGGAAGAGCUGGCUGGGAUGAGCGGAUUGAUGGAUCGCGCGUACAGCCAUCUCUACACUGCGCUGCGUUCUCAGCGCCUCGCAGCGCUCCAAGCAGGUCGGGGGACAGAGAUGAAUACGCGAGCCAGCGGAGCGCUGCACGUUACAGGAGCAUCAGGAACGGGCAAGUCGACAUUUUGUCGAUCCUUGUGCCGCUCCAUGGAAGCGCACGGCAUCGCAUCGAUCCGCAUCGACUGCGCCCACUACUCCGAACUCCGACCAGCGGCUCUGCGGAGCAAAGUGCGCGAAUGGAUCAAUGCUGCUGCUUGGUGCGCUCCCAGUGUGCUCUGGCUGGACGAUGUGGAACGUGUUUGUCCGGCAGAGGUGGAGCAUGCAGAAGGAACGCAUGCUAGAUUUUCGGCAGAGACGUUGCUCGCUGCGGUGCAAAGGAGGGAGGCCAACGUGCUGCUACUGUGCUCUAGUAAUGGCAAUGUGCACAAGGAGCUUGCUAAUUCGCACGUCUUUAAGUUGACGCUGCAGAUCAAGACGCCGGAUAAACAGGCUAGAAAAGAGGUGAGUGGGGGGUGGCGGGAUGGCGCGCGCAGACGUUGCGCUUACAUUGCACUGUUCGCGCCGCGACAGAUCAUCGGGGCACUGGUGCGUGAGCGAUCAGCCAAGAUGAAAGAGCAGCAGCACGUUGCGCUGGAUGUGGUGCAGCUCGCGGGAAAGACGGAAGGGUACUGUCCUGCGGAUCUGCGAGAUCUCGUCGAGAGGGCCGCGCAUCAGGCUGCUAUACGCGUCGCAAGAGUGGAGAGCGAGGUGAGGCGUGACUGGGAUUUUGCUGCUUGCGUGAGCGCCCGCCGUGGUAGAAGCUGACAAUACGCUCGUUUGCGGCUCUUCGACCCCCGCCUCGUCGACAGACGAAUCUGACGCUUGGCAUGUCGGAUUUCGAUGCGGCACAACAAGGUUUCGUGCCGUUGAAUCUGCGCGACGUGAAAUUGGAGACGUCCAGCGUAGCCUGGAGCGAUAUAGGCGGACUGCAAGCUACGCGACAAACGCUUCGAGAGACGCUCGAAUGGCCGACCAAGUAUGCGGCCAUUUUCAAGAAUUGCCCAUUGAGAUUGAGGAGCGGAUUGCUGCUUUACGGAUACCCUGGAUGCGGAAAGACGCUCUUGGCUAGCGCUGUGGCCAAAGAGUGCGGAUUGAACUUUAUCUCUGUCAAGGGGC